CUGGGGCGCUACCUGCCCGCCAGCUGUGGCUCCGGCGCUGAGUGGGAGCGAAACUUCUGUGGCCCUCGGAGUCCCGCGCGCCGUGGCCCCUGCUGCCUCUCUCCCCGCGUGGCGCCGCCUGCCGCAGCAUGGCCCCCGAGCUGUACCACAAGGAGUUCGCCAGCGCCGGCCAGAAGAGUGGCCUGCAGAUCUGGAGGAUCGAGCAGCUGGACCUGGUGCCGGUGCCCGAGAACUUGCACGGCAAUUUCUACGUGGGGGAUGCCUACCUGGUGCUCCACACCCUGAAGCUGCGCAGUGGCACCUUCUACAAGCUGCACUACUGGCUAGGAAAAGAAUGCAGUCAGGAUGAAAGCACAGCUGCGGCAAUCUUCACUGUUCAGAUGGAUGACUAUCUAGGUGGGAAACCUGUUCAGAGUAGAGAAAUUCAAGGAUAUGAGUCUACUGACUUUGUUGGUUAUUUCAAAGGCGGGAUUAAAUACAAGACAGGAGGUGUUGCGUCUGGAUUUAAACAUGUAGUCACAAAUGACAUGAGUGCGCAGAGACUUCUGCAUAUUAAGGGCCGGAGAGUAGUGAGAGCUACAGAAGUUCCUCUUAGCUGGGACAGUUUCAACACAGGAGACUGUUUCAUUGUGGACCUCGGAACUGAAAUUUACCAGUGGUGUGGCUCAACAUGCAAUAAAUAUGAGCGUCUCAAGGCUACUCAGGUUGCUAUUGGCAUUCGAGACAAUGAGAGGAAUGGAAGAUCUCAGCUAUUUGUUAUAGAUGAAGGAAGUGAACCAAGACAACUUACAAAGGUUUUAGGAGCUAAGCCACCACUUCGUGAGGGUGAUGAUAAUGACGAUGAAGCAGCUGAUGUCACAAACAGAAGAAUUGCUAAACUGUAUAUGGUAUCAGAUGCAAGUGGGUCCAUGAAGGUAUCGGUGGUAGCAGAGGAAAAUCCCUUCUUGAGGGCUAUGCUUUUAUCUGAAGAGUGUUUCAUUUUGGACUAUGGUGCUGCAAGGAAGAUCUUUGUGUGGAAAGGCAAAGAUGCUAACCCAAAUGAGAGAAAGGCAGCCAUGAAGACCGCUGAAGAAUUCAUACAGCAAAUGAGCUACCCUGCUAACACCCAGAUUCAAGUGCUUCCAGAAGGAGGAGAAACACCAAUCUUCAAACAGUUCUUCAGAGAUUGGAAGGAUAAAUAUCAAAGUGAAGGCUUUGGGAAAGUCUGUGUCACAGAAAGAGUGGCUAAAAUUGAGCAGAUUGAAUUUGACGCUACCAAGUUACAUGAAUCUCCACAAAUGGCUGCCCAGUACAAUAUGGUUGAUGAUGGUUCAGGAAAAGUGGAGGUCUGGCGUGUUGAAAGUAAUGGCAGAGUCCCCGUGGAGCCUGAGACAUAUGGAGAAUUUUUUGGUGGUGACUGCUACAUUAUACUUUAUACUUAUCAUAAAGGGCAAAUCAUUUACACAUGGCAAGGAACACAUGCCACAAAAGACGAGCUGACUGCAUCUGCAUUCCUGACUGUUCAGCUUGAUCGGUCACUAAAUGGACAGGCUGUCCAGAUUCGGGUCUCCCAAGGGAAAGAACCUGCACAUUUGCUGAGCUUGUUCAGAGACAAACCACUCAUUGUCUACAAAGAUGGAACAUCCAAAAAAGGAGGUCAGAAGCCCCCUCCCCCCACUCGUCUCUUUCAGAUUCGCCGGAACCUGGCAUUGAUCACCAGGAUUGUGGAGGUUGAUGUUGAUGCAACUUCAUUGAACUCCAAUGAUGUUUUUGUUUUGAAACUGCCAACAAACUCUGGCUACACGUGGGUAGGAAAAGGAGCAAGCAAAGAAGAGGAAAAAGGAGCUCAGUAUGUUGCCAGCAUUCUGAAAUGUCAGACAGCUAGGAUUGUAGAGGGCCAGGAGCCAGAGGAAUUCUGGAGAGUUCUUGGAGGUCAGAAAAAAUACCAGACUUCAGGACAGCUGCUAACUGAAUCUGAAGACCACCCUCCUCGUCUCUAUGGCUGUUCCAAUAAGACUGGCAGGUUUGUUAUUGAGGAGGUCCCAGGAGAAUUCACUCAGGAUGAUUUAGCUGAAGAUGAUGUCAUGUUGUUAGAUACUUGGGAGCAGGUGUUUGUCUGGAUUGGUAAAGAUGCUAAUGAAACUGAGCGAAAUGAAUCUGUGAAAUCUGCCAAACGCUAUAUUGAGACAGAUCCUUCUGGAAGAGAUAAGGGGACUCCACUUGUUAUUGUGAAGCAAGGACACGAACCCCCUACGUUCACAGGCUGGUUCCUCGGCUGGGAUUCCAACAAAUGGAAAAACUGAUCUAUCAGUGGAAGCCUCUGUUACAAA